GAAUUCCCAAGGGUGGGAACAAGUGCUAGGCCAGGAGCUGCUACUUAACCACUUCUAUUUCCACUCCCUUUCAUUCGUGGACCCAGGAAAUGGUUUCUCGCGCAUGAAUGCUAGCUAUUAUUAAUAAUACUUAAAGACACAAAAUACAUAAGGAAAACUAAUUAUACGGAAAUGCAGUUAAUAAAAAAGUUAAUGAACUCUGGGUUUAAAAAUAAUCUAAACCAAUACCUUCCUGUUACUGAUGAGGAAAUUGGGGCAUAAGAACGUUAAGUCACUGCCCAAAGAAGGCGGCAAACUCUUAAUUGGCUUCCACUGUAUGCCAGGCACUGGCUUAAAUUCUUUACCGAUAUCUCAUUUGAUUCCCACAAUCAAGUUGGGAAGUGCAUUAAUUAGUAACCCCCUGUCACUCAUGAGGAAGCUGCAGACAAAGGAUAAGCGAUUUGAGGGCCGUCACAAUUUAGUGUCCGAGGCUGCCCUUGCCCGUGGAUGUCCCUAGCUCCAGGCCCAGCCCCGAUAUCCAGGUCUCCCAGAAGCCCUUGGGAAGCUUACCAAGGUGGGAAGCCUGGUGGAGCCCCAGAGUGGCCGCUUUCUUGUCAGUCCUUGGCAUGCAUUCAUCUGGCCUCUUCCCCAUUUCCAUCCCAGUGGAAAUCAUUCCGACAUGAACUUUUGAUGUACAUUGAACAUUUCUUGAUGGCCAUCAUUAAUGGAUGCAAAUUAUCUGCCCCAACCUUGAGGACUGAAGUCAUGUGGGAAAGUUUUGUCGACUGUUUGAAAAAUCAAAGUCUUAUAUCUUCCGGAACAGGAAAGACCCAGGGUUACUGUUUAACCAACGCAGCUCCUUUGAAACCUUUAUAUCUAAUCUUGGAUGACAAUUUUUAUUACCAGAGCAUGAGAUAUGAAGUCUACCAACUGGCUCGAAAAUAUUCCUCAGGCUUUUGCCAAUUAUUUUUAGAUUGUCCAAUUGAGUCCUGUCUAGAAAGGAAUCGGCAGAGAAGUAAACCAGUACCUGAUGACACCAUACAGCUGAUGGCAAGAAAGAUAGAAUCUCCAAAUAUUCAGAAAAAUGCAUGGGAACACAACAGCCUCACUGUUAGGAGUACAGGACCUUGUUCAGAUGACAAUAAAUUCUUUUACAGCGUAGAAGUGAUUGAUUUACUGAUUACUGCUUUGAAAAAUCCAAUACGAUAUUUUGAAGAAAAUGUAGAACAAAAGGAAACUGAUCGAAUUAUUUGUUCAACUAAUACUCUUCAUCAAGCUGAUCAGAAAUUCAGAAGAAUUAUCUCUCAGACAAUGAAGAAAGCCAAAGAUGAAAAAGUGAGUGCCUACAAGCUGAAACGUCUAGCAGAAGAACUUAACAAGCUUAAGGCAGAUUUUUUGGAAGAUCUACGACAAGGAAAUAGUAAAAGAAUUUCAUGCUUUCAUCAAAAUAGCAUUUCAGAUGUCAUUCGCUUAUUUCAUUAUGAGAGAGAUAAUAUUGUGCAGAAAUACAUUCCAAAUGAGUAUUAAAUUGAUUUGCAUUGUGGAUGGAUCAUUUUUUCAAGCAAACAUUCACAAACUAGUUAAAGAUCAACAGUUUAAAAUGAAUUGUUAGCCAGGGAGGUCAGCAUAUAUCUAGUAAAAGAACACUAUCCUAAAAGAUCAGCAUGCUAACAAAGGAAAAUAAUUAUUUAAAGUGUAUCAUGUGCUUUUCAGUGAGCGUGGCCAAGCAACAGAAGUUUGGAAGUACCACAAUGCUCUACUGUAGGCAAGCAACUCAGGAUAAAAAGCUGAAGAGAGAUGCAUAAAAUAAAAUAAGGAGACAUAAACAAAACUUAGCUAGGAAAUUAGUGAGAGUGUUUGUCUCUGAUGCUGAUUGGUUCCCAAAUUGCCCAGAUUAAAGUAGAGAUGAGGUGGCCGAAGAUAAUAAACAUAAAGGGAAGAUAAAUGUUUAAAUAGAGAACUGCAAUGGGUUCUUGAUUCUUUCAGUAUUAGGCUAAUACUACUGAGGGAGAGAAGAGCUAGAAUGAUCUGCUUAGCCAUAAACUUAGGUUGAGGUUGCUUUGAGGCAAUGUGGUUUAGUGGAAAGGGUUUUAGGGUUCGAAAUAUGGAGAAACCCAAGUUUGAAUUAGAUUGUUAGCUUCUUCAGGGGAAGGACUAUCUUUAUUUUCUUUAUAUUCUUGAGACUUAACAGUGUCUGGCACAUAGGAGGCACUUCAUAAAUGUUUGCUGAUUGACUCUUGCCUUCAAUACUGUGUGACCAUGAACAAUUCAUUUACCUCUCUGAGCCUUGGUUUCUUCAUCUGCAAAAUGAUUCUUUCUCAAAGGAUUUAAUGUGGGAAUCAAAUAAAACAAAUGUUUAAAGUGCUCUGCAGA